AUGCUGGCUUUCGUGGGCUUGGUCGUGCCGGAGUUCGUGCGUAUCCCAGGUCCUGAUGCUUGCUAUGGAGCCAAGACUGUGGUGGAUGCCCACAAUGCAUGCGUUGGCAACCCUCCUUUUCCUUUCCUGAUCAACACUGGGGACUUCUUUGCGGGCAACGACGACCAGACCGGGCCCCUCUUUCAGGUCUACGCCUUCUGCGGCUUCGUAGAGAUGCUUACGACCUUCGCAAAGUCCUGCAAUGUGUCCAACAAGCCCGGUCUGACUUUGGAGAAUGCAGGCGAUUAUGCGCUGGGUACCCAAUUCCUGCCAUCGGAUCCCGUCAAGGUCAAGGAGAUGAAACUCAAAGAACUGAAGAACGGACGCCUGGCGAUGCUGGCAUUCGGCGGUGCUAUCACCCAG